AUGUACAACACAUGUUACCUGACAGCAAUUAAAGAGGAGAAUGAAGUACUGAAUGAAAUGGAAGAGAAAGAUCAGUAUGAGAACCAUCAUGGUUUCAUAACUGAAGAGAAAUCUCUGAAUUGCUCACAGACGAAAAAGACUUCCUUACGAAAAAGAGCUGAAAAAGAGAUAGGAACUAGAAGUUGUUUAACCUGCUUUCAGUGCGGAAAGGGUUUCAGUCAACAUGGAAACCUUAAAGCCCACAUGAGAAUUCACACUGGAGAGAAGCCUUACACAUGCCAACAGUGUGGAAAGAGUUUUUAUCAACAAGGAAACCUCAAGGUCCACAUGAGAAUUCACACUGGAGAGAAGCCUUACUCAUGCCCUCAGUGUGGACAGAGUUUUUAUCAACAUGGAAACCUGAAAGUCCACAUGAAAAUUCACACAGGAGAAAGCACUUUUACCUGUCAUCAGUGCGGGAAAAGUUUCAACCGAAAAGGAAACCUUGAUUACCACAUGAGAGUACACUCUGGAGAAAGCCCUUUCACCUGCCAGCAGUGUGGAGUAAGUUUCACUCAGAAAGGAAGCCUUAACAGGCACAUGAGGAUUCACACUGGAGAGAAACCUUACAUAUGUCCUCAGUGUGGAAGGAGUUUCAUUCAGCAUGGAAACCUUAAAGUCCACAUGAGAAUUCACACUGGAGAGAGCCCUUUCAAAUGUAAACAGUGUGGGAAAAGUUUCAACCGGAAAGGAAACCUUAAUUAUCACAUGAGAAUUCACACUGGAGAAAAUCCGUUCACCUGCCAACAGUGUGGAAAGGGCUUCACUCAAAAAGAGAUCCUUAACAGGCACACGAGAAUUCACACCGGAGAGAAAGAGUUUCAAUCAACAUAGAAACCUUAAAGUUCAGAUGAGAAGUCAUACUGGAGAGACCUUUUUUCCUGCCAACAGUGUGGAAGUUUCGGCAGAUUACACUGAAAAUGAGUAUGUAUCUGGCUCAUGAGAAUUCAGAGCAGAGAGAAGCCAUUUAUAUGUGAUCAUUGUGGAAAGAG